CUACAGUCCGACAGGGAGAACUACAACUCCCAUGAUGCACUUGUGAAUUACCGCUGGCCACUGGACGGGGGAAGGGAAGCUGAGAUUGGAGAAACAGUAAGAGUUUUCAGAUAGUGUGUACAUAUGACAGCCCCUCCUCAGGACUCUGACCUUACAAGAACUCUAUCCAUGACCCACAUCUCACUGGUCACCUUCACUUCUUACAUUGGACGUGUGCUGCUGUUUCAUGUGAGGCUGAAGACAUAACACAACUUUGGUGCGAGUGAAUUGAACUGGUGCCUCUAGGUGCGUACUGGAUUUGUCUCGAGUGCCAAAGUAAUGAAGUGUCUCGGUCGGGGAAAGCCCAGCCCUGAAAAGCAAUGUCAUUAUCCAGCUUCUGUGUACGUGUGAUGGGGCUGAGGAGCGGACCCACUGGCCAGGCAGAUCUGCGGAGGAGAGGAAGGAGGCAGGUUUCCAGGAAACUUGUGCAUUGAUGGAUCGCCAUUUCCUCCUGUCAGCUCUUGCAGACUGAUACCUGCACUGCUCCUGUCAGUGGACACACUCAUGGUUAAACUUUAGAGUAGCUAAUAAAACCAAGCUGCCAUCAAAACUACACAAUCAUCGCUAUUGCACAGAAUAUGAUGUGCACAAUAUGGAUUUCUUCUGCCAGUGACAGUUUUGGGAAAUCCUACUGGUGACUGUGGACGUUGAGUUCUCUGUGUAUAUGAGGAGGAAAGGAGGAAAGCAAAGAUACUUGCAGUCACUACAAAUGUGCACUACGGAAACCAUGGUGGUCCUCGCAUCAGCUCCUCAGCCCAUCUCAGUCCAUGUCUACAGAAGCCUUUAGAGGCCAGGAUCAGGAACACGCUCGCCAGCCAACACACUCAUAUGCAAUGGAAGAAGACAUUGAUGUCACAUCCCACACUGAGGGCCUGAAUGGUUUGUCCCAUGAAUGUAAACCAUUAGAGGAUAUCACCAAUGGACACUCCAACCAUAAGCCUGUCAUGAACGGACUGAUAAUUAGUCAUAAUGUCAAAGACCACACCAACGGCAACGCACCGCUCAGAUCCCUGCCGAUUUCAGCACUGAAGCAGAACGGCCUCCUGCAGACCCUGGCAGCCGGAGGUGAACAGCCUCAGCCUGCAGGUAACACACAUACUCUCACACAACCUCUCUUUUGUCUCACAUCCUCUUCCCACAGGAAUGUGAGACAGUGUAUCCUAGAUACCAGGCAGCUGCUGCAGGUAAAACCUCCCUGGGGGUGCAGGUUGCCUGCUUGGAGGAAGCACAGGGUCUCAGUGGCACUCUGAGUGAUGCAGGUCUGUUAGACAGGAAGGAUUUAUGACUCAGGAUGAACUGGAUGGGUGUCGGCCAAUGCACCACAGCCCAUUGGCUGAGAAGAUCCCCUGGCAGUGCUUCUGAGGAAAAUGUGGAGUUGGAAAAGGCCAGACAGGAGUGGGAGGCUCUGGAGAACGUCCAACCAGCUCUCACUGAGGACUCCAACCCAACCCCGCUCAUCUCCUUCAAUGAAGCCCUGCAGUACUUCCAGACCACAGACCUCGGGGACUUGCUGAAGAACAUCCAGCCAACCAUUCGCAGGACAGGUCUGGCCGCGAUCACACACUUCCUCUUCGGACCUCCACGGCUGCACAGGGAGCUCCUGGAGGAGAGGGAUCUGGUCUUUGCCAUCGCACAGUGCCACGUGGACAACGGCCAAACAGUCCACAUGCGUGUCCUCCAGACCAUUUAUAAGAGGCUGAUUGGCAGCAGGCUGGACUGUCCUCGCUUUGGUGCACACUGGGAAAACAUCGGCUUUCAGGGUACAGACCCAGCCACUGACCUACGUGGCACUGGUUUCCUGGGACUGAUGCAUACGCUGUACUUUGUGAUGGACCCAGAGACUCUACCGUUGGCUAGAGACAUCUACAAGUUAUCACAACACCCUACACAGAACUUUCCAUUCAGUGUGAUGUCAAUCAACAUGACCCGCAUCGCUCUGCAAGUACUCAGAGAGGAAGCCUUGUCCAAGGAGUGCAAUCGUCGUCAGCAAGUGGUUGGCGUGCUGAACGAGUUCUACGUUGCCACGUAUCUGCACUUGUACCAACUGUGGAAGACCCAACAGAAGACCAUCCUUGACUCUGGCUUUGUACUAAAAGAAGUGGAGCUGUUUGCCAAAAAGAACCCCAAGCAGAUGCUGCGCCGACUAGAGGUCUUCCUGAAAGAGAGGCGGGCAGGUGGAAUCCCCCGUGGGACAUCGCCAGACCCCCAGGCCCAACAGCCCUCUCCCAGCCUGGGGGCCAGAGCCGGGACGGGACAGGGCAGCAAGGGGAAGGAGAUGCACUUCACAGGAGUGUGUGAUCUACCGCCAGACAUGGAGGGAGAGGCCAGACUCAUCUAAGCUAGACUCUGUGUGAGUGAGUGAGUGUGUGUGCGUGUGCGUGUGUGUGUGUGAGCAAUCCUAUUUGUAAGUAUCACGGUAUGUGCGAGUGGCUUUACUCUCAGAGAGCUAGAACCCCACCAGUCCCUGAUCUAGGACCUGCUAUCUGAACCUAUUCAAACACUUCCCCUCCUUCCACUGACGCUGGGGUGCUGCACUUUGAUCAGAUUUAAGCUUUCAGAGUUAUAUUUGAUUUUUUUUAUUUUUUUUUAUUAAUGAUUAAUUUAUUUAUUUUUAAAACAGAGAGCAGUCAAAUAUAAAGAGCUGAUGCAGGUCAGACACACAAAGUGAUUGUUUUGCACUUUUCUGUGGAUUUAGUAGCCAAAUUGAAAGCUGCCAAAUUCUUGCGGUUAAACUCUACCUGCCUAGAAGUCCAAAACGUACACACUUGUGUCCCCUAGGGUCUCUCAGUCAGGGUAUGUCAACACAUUGCAGAGGGGGGAGCAUCUUAACAGGCACGUCGCUCCAAGAUAACAGCUCCAUCACACGAGCACUCUUAACCGCUCAUAAUGCAUAUUGUUGAACGCUCUGUUAACUUUAUGGUGAUAAUGGAGAAAGGAAACCUGCUACAGGGCAAACAGAAGCAGGUUAUCUCCCAGCACGAGUGGAGAGCGGCAGAUAGAAAAUCCGGGAAGGUUUUUUUUUUUUUUUUAGGGGGGGGGAGCAGAAAAUGCCAGUAGAUGCUGUUCUCAAAUAUCUCACACAGUAGACUUUGAAGGUCUGAUCACUUUGCAUUCUCUAUUAGAGCGUGAAUGAAAUCAUGUGAAAGAAUGGACACUCCAGUCCAGAUGUGUGGAGGUAUAGCCAGUCGUUUGGUGUACUCGUGUUGCCAGGGGUCUGAUAGACUAGGUCCAGAGCUCCCACUUUAACAUGGGGGAAUAUAUUUUAAAUAAUUAAAAAAACAAAACUAUUUUAGUCCUUUCUGAAGGGACAGCUGUCAUAACUUCACAGUUAUGUAUAAAAGCAGAACUUUGUUAUUAAACAGAUGGCUGAGUGACCAUGAGAAGGGGUUGUUAAAUUUCACCAGAACGUCUGAAAAUCUUUUUCGCGGUUAAAGCCAAGGAGACACUUCAUAACAGAGUCUGUGCGCUUGGUCCCGGCUCAAGUUGAAGGUCUUGUAUGAGCUUUCUCUACAUUCCGUUAUAAAGCAUGUGAUUGUACUUUUAUUUGACCAGUUAAAAAUUUAUUCCAGUGUGCGUGCGGCUUGUGUGUGAAAAUGAAAUGAAUGAGCUGAUAUUGAUGAAGGGUGCCUCUCCUCGGAGACGUAUGGUACAGUAUGCAAUCCCAGCUCUCACUCAAUGAUAAUCAAAACGAUAGUGCUGUGUGACGAUAGAAAUCGUUCCUAACUUCAGGGUUUGUGCGCUUGUGCGAGCGAGUGUUUUUGUGUGUAUGUGUGUGUGUGUCGUAUGACAGGAACUGACUACAGAUGGGGUGCUUUCCUCUGCACACAAUAAGCCAGCUUUACUAAGUACUUGAUCCAUCAAGCUGCAAAGACGGUACUACUUUUUGUCAUUUUAAAAAUGGUACAUAACAUUUCCGAGGACUAGAUUUAUCCCAAAACAAAGAAAAACAAACACAUUCUUUGGGUUGCUUUUUCAAGAAAAAAAGUAACCAGAUGUUGGUUCAGGUUCAGGACACAGCUGGAGUUAGCGGCUCUGUGGCCUGGGAUGGGUAGAGCUCCUCAGCAAAGCUGGUUCCUGCUCUGUGCUAAUGUGAAACCGUCUCCCAUCGUCGUAGUCUCAAUCUGUAGCAUGUUCAGGUAGCACUAGUACUGUAGCAUCCUAUAGCCUCCUCCUCUUCGUAAAGCUUGUUGAUGUCACGUCUCAGUUACAGUCUGUAGUGUCAAUGGGUGCGCAAACUGUUACUACUAUAGCACAUUUAUUUCGCAUUAAAGCCUCCUUCAGUAGUAGACACACGUUUAGGUGGCCCGGCGUAAUGUUUCGGAGCGAUGUGGUAUAGGCUUGACACGUCAUUGAGCUCAACCUUGUCUUCUAAGAAGGUAACAGUAAACAAAAAAACUAAAAAAAAACGGUGCCUACAUCCAGUGGAGCCAUGUGGGGGUAGAGCCCUGGUUUGUCCUCGCUUCCUUUUUUUUUUCUUUUCUUCCAUUUGAGCCACCGUGCCACAGUAGACUUCCUCCAUUCAUGUAACGCGGUAAACAGAGUCGAUGUGACCCCCCCCCCUAAAACAUGCAGGCCUAAUGGAUACACACAUAAAAUCAUACACAGGCAUGUACAUGUUCUACGUCGACAUCUACUCGAGAUAGUUGCCAUCUUCACCCUAUGACUUCAACAAAUGAGCUGAUGUAGUUUCGCCAGUUGUUUGCGAGUGUAUUUGAUUGAGCAGGAAAAUUUGCACUGUUGUAGAUAUUUGAUAGUAUGUGUGACGUAUGCAAGAGGAAACAGGCCAUCUUCAAAUAGCCAUAAUGUUCAUUAUCGCCCGCCUCAUGAAACAGGCUUUGUGGAGUCCGAUUCCCCGCCUCCCUCUAAAAACAAAAAAUUGCACCAACCACGGAUAUGAUCUCACAUUUAGUUUCAUUAAAUUUUAAACUGAGGAGCAGUACAGUGUAUGUAAAUCAGGAAGUUUGUACAUAGAGAAUUAAUGAUUGUAACUGUAUGAUUGUCUGUAGGGCAUUAUACUGAAACAUUGCUUACCUCAAGACUUGAGACAAAUCUCUCCUUUCUCUCUCCUGAUGUUUGUUUGGCCUCUCAGUCAGACUCUUAUCUUUUUACGUUUCCUUGUACCUAGGCCUUCUCUCAUACCAAUUGGACAUGUUAUAUAAUGUAUAUUCAACACCUAAAGCACUACGUAAUAGCAAACUAACACAAAAGCUGGUCAAUGUUACGUGUAUUCUAUUUAAAGACACAUUUAUAGACACUAUAUAGGCCCACGCGCGCUCUGAUACACAUCUGCAGAUGAUUGAAAUCCUUUUUAAGAACGAUCUAUAAUUGGCUGAUGUUUACCAUGUUUGAAAUAAGCUGGUUUUCUCGUGGCUUCAGUGAUAGUACAGUAUACUUUUGCUGUGUUUAAGUGUUUGAUGUCCGAAAAACACUCAAGAGACUUUACAGCUACAGUCACAAACAGUUCAAUAUAUGAUUGUAAAGAUAUAGGCUUGAUUAGCAGUCAUAAUCCGGUGUAUGCUUUGACCUUGGUAUAUAUUCAGUAUCCAAACAAGGCCUGAUUUUAUCCUCUCAUAUUACCAAAAGUUAUAUUUUCAGCAGUUGUGAUAGAUCAUAUUCUUAUGCGUUGAUCAUCAUUUGGAAUCUCCUCAGUUGUGAAACCAGAACCAAGAGAUAAAAACAAAAACAAACGGGUUCUUGCAGGAUGUCGGAUGCUCUGAGAGGUGUGGUGUGAAGUUCUGCUUCCCACAGCAGCAGCUCGGCAAAUACAAUCACUUCUCUCAAUAUCCUGCGCUUUAUAUGAAGGUGUUUUACUGUUGCCGUCGUCGUCAUGUCCCUCAGAGCAUUUUAUGACUGUACCUUGAUUGUAGAAGCCCUAUUUUAUACUGAGAGUUAUUUCAGAAUACAGUAUGUGCUGUUGUACAUUAAAUGUAUUGUAUGGAGAAAGCUAAAUAAAUGCUGUUUAAAAACUAA